AAAGAAUUGGGGAAAGGACGCGAUGUUGUGGCUGCGAUAUAUAGUCUUUGUGGGACCUUCUGCCUUUCACACUCAUCGCGCACGCUGUCGACAUUGCGUUGCAGACAAUAACUUCCGACGCUUCACGAUCGUUGACACGACAGUCAAAACUGCGCUCGCGACUUUUCGGCGCCGAACAUCAAAACAUACGAUCAGUCACCCCCCGAUCGAUAAAAUCGACCACAACUUCAUCGAACGAACGACAAGAAAGGCCAAAAGGCACGCAACGUGCCCAUCAUGGCACCUCUCAUCAACAAAAUCCUCCACCACCUCCUCACCCGCCAAGCAGCAGAGCCCUCCUCCGAGAACGAUGCCUUCGCCGACUUCGAAUUCUACCGCUACUCCCCCUCGCUCGCCGCCGCCAUAAUCUUCACCCUCCUCUUCAUCGCCACCACAGCCCUCCACACCUACCAACUAAUCCGCACUCGAACCCUCUACAUGAUCCCCUUCCUCAUCGGCGGCUUCUUCCAAUCAAUCGGCUACAUCGCUCGCGCAGUUUCCGCAACCCAAGAGAACGGAGAAUGGACUCUCGGACCUUACAUCGUACAAAGCACUCUCAUUCUCGUCGCUCCGGCACUUUUCGCAGCGAGUGUGUAUAUGCAUCUGGGACGAGUGGUGAGAAUGGUGAAUGGUGGACAGAAAGAUGAGAAAUUGUUGUUCGGGUUGAUUAAGACGACGUGGUUGACGAAAGUCUUCGUGGCGGGCGAUGUGCUCUCUUUUAUGAUGCAGGCUUCCGGUGGAGGGCUGAUGGCCACUAGUAGUGUGGAAACUGGAGAAACACUCGUUCUCGCUGGCCUCGGAGUGCAAAUUGCAUUUUUUGGCUUGUUUGUUUUCACAGGUGUGACUUGGCAUUUGAAGAUGAGGAGCAGGAAUUCGGUCAGCAGGACUGAAUCUCUUCGAGGUCUUCCCUGGGAGAAGCACAUGAUUUCGCUCUACAUUGUGAGCAUCCUGAUCUUCGUUCGAUCGAUCGUCCGCAUGGUCGAAUACGCACAAGGCUUCUCCGGCUACAUCCUUUCCCGCGAGUGGUACCUCUACGUUUUUGACGCCCUUCUCAUGUGGUUGGCUAUGGUCACCUUGAACGUCAUCCAUCCCAGUGCCGUGGCUGCUCAGAUCCGGGGAACGGGAAAGAUGGUCACCCAUGUGAUCCAGACCAAAGACGUCCAGUGAGUGACUGAACUGGAGACCCUGGAUUCCAUGGACUUAGCUGACCGGACGGGACUACCAGGCAGACGAAUUACCAGAAUGUCCAGAUGAAUGGUCCAUGGUCAUGAGGGCGGAGGCGUGAUUCGAAAAGGAUUUCGCAUUUGAGAGUCUUUGAGCACAAAGCAUUGUUGAUCUUGCAUCGUCGGGUUUGAUCGUUUUGAAGCGCGCAGCUAGAAACCCACAGUCCAGUUGGGAUGGAAAUAUGAAGCAUGAGGCAUGAUGCAUGAGCAUAGGGUGCGCUGGUGAGGAGGUCCUCGCCCGUAAAUGCAUGCACCCAGGAGUCAGUGUAAAAUAGAACCCCAGAGCAUAACUGACGGCUCAGUAACGAAGCACAUACUUUCCGCAGAUGAUGCCCUCGAGCAGGCCUACAGGCAUCCGGGCGUUCCCUGUUGUCCUACCAACCUGCACUAUUCCGCAUACAGUACUUCCAAUCCUCCUCAACCCCUCCCCG